AUGAAAGUCUCUGGCCACAUCUACUACAUCUUUGGCGGGGCCAGCGGCUUAGGCGAAGCGACAGCACGACGACUGCACGCCCAGGGCGCCUACGUCGCUCUGUGGGACCUCAACGACGCGCUCGCAGCAAAGGUGGCAGAGUCCCUCAAUGCUGGAGAAGAGGCCAGCAAAGUGACACCGGGCCAAGGUGCAGAGCAGAGAGCGCUGGCGCACAAGGUCGAUAUCUGUGACACGGCGCAGAUCGAAUCGGCUAUCGCGGCGGCUGAUGACAAGUGGAAGGGCGUACCCGUGGGUGGAGCAGUCGUUGCAUCUGGUGUCGGCAUGGUGGGCAAGACGAUCGAACGCGACGGCAGCCCGCACAGCAUGGACCUCUUUGAGACGAUCAUCCGUAUCAACCUCACGGGAACCUUUAACGCUGCCCGCCUCACAGCCUCUCGUCUAGUCCGAGACGUGCCCAAGCCAAUCGCAGCGCCAACUGAGGACACUCCAUGUCGCGGUGUCAUCGUGACGGUAGCCUCUCAAGCAGGCCUAGAGGGGCAAGCAGGCCAGCUAGCGUACGCAACCAGCAAAGCCGGAGUAGCAGGCAUGGCGUUACCGAUGGCCAGGGACUUGGCGUGGUACUCGAUUCGUACCGUAGCCAUUUGCCCAUCCAUCUUUGAGACGCCCAUGUCCGUCAACAUGCCAGAGAGGGCGAGACAGAAGACGCUCAAGACUACAGAGUUCCCGGCGCGCUUUGGCAAGCCAGAUGAGUUUGCGCAUGCUUGCCAGAGCGUCAUCGAGAAUGAUAUGCUCAAUGGCUUCGCGCUGAGACUCGACGGAGCUACUAGGCUAGCCAAGCUGUAG